GAGCAAAGAGUGUACACAUCCAAGAUGUGAGAGUUUUCAGUCUGUUUCGGUCCGUCCAGUCCCCGCCCCUUAUUGGUAUUAUGGCUGGUGUUUCCUGUCAUUUCAAGUGGGAUUCGACGUUUAGUAUGUGUUGUUAUUGAUGGUUCGAACGCUAUUUGUCUUCCAUGACGAAUAAUGAUCAAGAGAUAGGUUAUUAAUAUGUAAGUGUUGUAAAUUUCCAUCAAUAUGGCAUCGAAGAACGAAGCAUGGAAGGAUUGUGCUGACUGGUUAAUAAGAUGUGAAGUUUUAAGACCUGAUCAUAAAGCAAAUUGGCCGGAUGCAAAAAUAGAAGAUUUGGCAUACACUCUUCGCGAUGGAGUACUUUUGUGUAAUUUGUUAAAUAUCGUGGACCCGAGUUGCAUUGAUAUGAAAGAUGUUAAUCAGAAACCUCAGUUAGCUCGAUUCCUUUGCCUACGCAACAUUAAAACUUUUCUCCAAACCUGUCAGGAUGCUUUUGGCCUUAAGGAAAGUGAUCUAUUUGAACCGUCCAUGUUAUUUGACUUGUCUGAUUUUUAUAGAGUUCUCAACACAUUGUCCAAACUAUCUAACAGUACUAAGCUUCAAAGAAAAAAUAUACAAGGGUUUUCCGUGCACAAGAAUCGAAGUGUUUCACAAGAGGAUAUUUACAAGAAACUGAAUUCGAACAAUGCCGUUAUAUCACCAAAUCAAAAUAUUAAUUGGGAGACUAUUGAUCGUAGCUGGAUUGAAUUUACUAUAAAAUGUCCGUGGUCAGAAAACCAUGAUGAAGAAGUGUAUGAGGAUCUGUGUUAUGUAACAUUUUCUUCUUCCCCUGAGACACAUUCUUCUGUUAGUCAUAGUCUGGAGAAGCGUGAUUAUGUCAUAAAGGAAUUGGUGGAGACUGAACGCAACUAUGUGGAUGUGUUGAUGACUGUCCAGAAAUGCUUCAUGCGCCCUCUGAAUAAUUUACUCAGAGAAGAAGAUGCAAAAAUUAUAUUUAGUGGCAUGAGGGAAUUAGCAGAGAUUCAUCAGAGAUUUCUUAGACAUUUGCACAAAGCAGUUGCCCCAGGAAGCAAUGAACGCCUAAGUGAAGUUUUCUUAAAUUGGCGUGAAAAAUUUCUUAUCUAUGGAGAUUAUUGUGCAAACUUAACCAAGGCUCAAACAUUGAUUCAAGAUGUUUGUGCACGCAAUGAGCUUGUUAACCAGGAAGUUAUAAGAUGCCAACAAGAAGCAAAUAAUGGAAAAUUCAAACUUCGAGAUAUUCUUUCUGUUCCAAUGCAGCGCAUUUUGAAGUAUCAUUUGUUACUAGAUAAAUUGAUAUCUGAGACUCAACCAAAUCAUGAAGACUACCGUGGGUUGGAACGAGCUAAAGAGGCUAUGGUUGAUGUGGCUCAGUUCAUAAAUGAAGUAAAGCGUGAUUCUGACAUGUUACAGUUGAUGCGAGACAUUCAGGCCAGUAUAUCAGACUGGAACAUAUCAGAUAACACUGACUUAAAGAAUUACGGACGUCUUUUGAAUGAUGAUGAGCUACGCAUCAGAGCACAUGAUGAUCAAAAAGUUAGAAUGAGAUAUGUUUUUAUCUUUGACCAAGCCAUGAUUCUUUGCAAAUCAAUUAGAGGGGAGAGUAUGUACAGUUAUAGAGAAUCGUUAAAUCUUGCUGAAUAUAAGGUUGAAGAUCCUUAUACCAGAGGAGUGUUGAGAAGUAAUGCACGGUGGAGUUAUCAAUGGUUUUUGAUUACAAAAUCUCAGCGUACCGCAUACACAAUGUAUGCAAGGACCGAAGAUCUUAAAAGAAAAUGGAUUAAGGCUAUACAAGAAGCAUUAGAUAAUAUUGAACCAAAUGGGUGUCGUCAUACAGAUCACAAAUUUGUUAUGCAUACAUUUGAAAAGCCAACAACAUGUAAUCAUUGCAGCAAGUUUUUGAAAGGAUUAAUUUUUCAGGGUUAUCGGUGCGAGAAAUGUGAUAUAUCUAUACACAAAAUGUGUAUUCCAAACUCUGGUAGAUGUGGUGUUAGGGAACCUCCAGAAUUGCCACCAAGGCCUAUUGUACCUAGUCCAUCCCCAUGUCAAGAACAAAAUGGAGAAUCAUCCCCAUGGAUGGAUCAUCGUCAUCUUAGUGAAUAUUUAUGGUUUGUUGGAGAAAUGGGACGGGAUCGUGCAUCUCAUUUGCUGGAAAGAAGGGUGAACGGAACAUACCUCUUACGUAUUAGACCUCAGGGACCUACACAUGCCAAUGAAACUGCAUAUGCUCUCAGUCUGAAAACCGAUGACAAAGUGAAACAUAUGAAGGUAUAUGGUAAACAAAUGGAUGGGACAAUGCACUAUUAUCUCUCUGAGUCAAGAUUUUUUAAAAGUAUUGUGGAACUUAUUAACUGUUAUGAACAGUCCAGUCUUGGAGAAAAUUUUGUUGGGUUGGACGAGACUUUAAAAUUACCUUACAGGCAGGUAGUUGCUAUUGCAGAAUUCGACUUUGUGCCCAAGGAGCCCAGUCACUUGCAGCUUCGCAAAGGGUGCCAUGUGCUGAUUCUUGGGAAAGAGAGAGAUGCCAAUGGGUGGUGGAAAGGCAAGGUGCAAGACAAGAUUGGUUUCUUUCCGAAGAAUUAUGUACGUGAACUCUCAGAUUCAUUCAACUUUAUGAACCUGGAUUCAUAAACUCUAAAAAGUAACUGGUUUGCCUUGGCAGGGGAUUUUGUUCUUGUAUGACCCGUCCACUGUUCAGUGGCUUAGUUGAAUGAAAUGCAAAAUCGGUGUAUAUGUUUGAGGGAGUGCCUGUACAGUAUCAAAGACAGAUUCUGCCAUUUAAUUGGCAGGGAAUUACUAGGAUACCUUUGCUGUUCGAAGUUUAUCAUCCAUACUAUUGCAGCUAUCAUUGAUUGUACAUUUUGUUUAAAUGUUUCUGGUGGAUUUACCAGAUGUUAUUACGGUGCUCAUCUAGUGUUAGUAGUGUUAUACAUAAAAGCUGCCAAAUAUCAUUUAUAGACUGAUAUGUAGUUGUAAAGUGGAUUUGGAAGUAAUUUUACUCAAGUUUGUCAUAGUAUUGGUGUAUUUGUGGAUACUGUUUUAGAAUUUGUUUUUGAGGUUCAUUAUAAAAUUGCUUUCCUCAACACAAAGGAAUUUAAAAGCACACUUCUUGACCACAUUUUGAAUUACUUUUUUCUGAUAUAUAUUGAGAUGUACAUUUUUAUGUAGCUUAAUUUUAAUAUGUUGAUACAAAUUUACAAGAUUGGUGAAUUACUUUGCUCUUUUAGAAAAUUCAUGUAAAAUCUCUUGAAAAUGUUGUUACAUGAAUACUAUGUUAUGUAUGUCUUGUAUGUUUUUAGUUGUUUGAAUGAAUGUUAAAUAUCUAUAUGAAUGUGUGUGUAUGCUGUAUAUGUGAAUGUACAAGGUUUCAAUGUUUGCGAAAAAUACCUGAUAGGGAAAGAAAAAAAUAUGUUUGUUGCUGUUGAAUGAAAAUUUUAUAGGUGUAUAAGUGUUGAAGUUGCCUAUCAUGAGUAAUCGUGAAACAUGUUUGAUGUAAAAAGAUGUAGUCUGUUCAUGAUUUUAAAAACUUGAAAAUGAAAUGAUAGUUGUACAUUUGAGAGCAGUUUGACAUUUAGAAGAAAGUUUUCUGUUGUACAUUACUUUAUAUAAACUUAUACAUGCUAGGCUAGCUUCUUAAAUUUUUUCAGGUAGUCAGAAUGCAUGUAUUGUUAUGUUUAGCAGCUGUUGAAACCUGACAUUGGUUUUUAAAUAAAUGUCAUUCAGCGUUUUAUUCCAGAGAUUCACAGCAUAGGAAUUGAGAUAUAUUGGCUCACUAAACUGAUUUUCAUAAAGAAUCUUCCUUGCAGAUUUUAAAUCGGAUACUUUCUGUAAAGUAACAGCAGUUGGAAUGGGAAUGCUCAGAAUAAAUAUAUAUUUUGGUUAAUUCUUCUGUACUACAUUUUAAAAUACAAUAUUUUUGCAAUAUAUUAUGGUAAAGAGAUUAACACCAAUGCAACUAAAUGUACACUCAUAAGAUGUAAUUUUGAGAAUCUAUUUGUAGUGUUCUUCUCGUAAUGGAAAUUAGAAUUAUGGUUUCCCAUUCUCAUUAGUUUUGGAUUUGCCCUCUUAAGUAUGUGUUAGGUGAAGAAAUUGUUGAAAUUUCUUGAAGCUAUGUUGUAUUCUUGCUCAUGUUAAUAUUUAUAGAUCUUGUAAACAUUAAGGCAGUUGGUGACCCUAUUGAAGUUCCUUUCACUGCAAACAUGAUUCACAGUAUUUUGUGAUUCAUUUUGAUCAUAGAUAUAGUUUUUGAAGUUAAUACAUUUACAAUGGAUGCUGUGAUUCUUGAAUGUGCUUUUGCAUGUUCAUUUACUGCAAAUGGAUUCUGUGUAAUAGAAAAAUAAAACAGAAAGGCAAAUAGAGAAUGUUUGCAACUUAUAUCUUGAAAAGAAAUUAUUUUCCAGUACACUUACCAGUAUUUAAAGAGCACCACAUUGAAGAGUUUUGGGUAGACAUUUCUUUCUUUGUCUCAUAAAUGUAUUUUUGAUGGUAUUGUGAGAUGUGAAGAAUUUGAACAAUUAUGUAGGACUUUCUCUGUUUUCAGUAUGACUAGGAAUGAAUACUAGUCUAAUUCUUGUAAUAAAUUUAUAAGCUAAUAUACAGAAGAUUAAUUUUAUUCUUAAUGUUGAGAGCUCAUCGUACAAUAAAUUUUUUCAAUGUUUCAUUCAUGAACAUAGUUUCAUUCAGUGUUCAUCGUAUGAUCUUAAAUGCACAAACAGCAAAAACAGAAUGAUCAAUGAAAGUUCAUUUUCAUGUGACUUAGAGAUUUGUAUUCAAACAAACCAAUUUUCAGUCCAUUUAAUUUUAUUUUAAAUGUAGACUUAAAUUAUACUAGUCUGUGACUUUGAAUGUUGCUGGAAAAAAUUUCCUGGCCAUGAAUAAUUCAAAAUGUGUGUUUCUAAAAAUUUUUUCCCCUUCAAAUAUUGAUAUUAACAAUUUUCAUUAGUGAUUUGUCUCAACUGACAAAACAACAGAAUAUAUAAAUGUUAAAGUUGAACAUUAAAUAUCAUGAUCUUUUUACUUCAAUAAAUACCAUCCAAUGAAGAUUUCAUAAAUCAUACUUUUUACAAAAUUUUGAUGAACAGAACUUCAGUAGAUGGACAGUUGAGGAAAGUACAGUUGUACAUGCAGAAUUUUUACUACUGCUGUAUUGGUGAAGUACAAAUAUAAUUGCUAUCAUUUCAAUAUUCACAAUUCUUAUUUAAUCUUCACACCAUCCAUUCAUGAAUAUAAACACCCACCAUGUUCCUACUGUCAAAGAGGACGUCGCUCUUCUGAAUUCUGUGUCUGGGAGAGGAUGUGUUUCAUCAUCUCAGCACCAAUGCUCUUUACAAAACGCAGCAGAAUCGUAGAAGAAUGGGAACAGAAUUUUGGAAAAUUACACAUGAAUUGAUUUUGAUAAAUAAAUAGAUAAAUACCAAGAGGUAAUUUUGUAAUUUUUUCUUCUAAAACUUCGUUAAUUUAUUUUCUGAAUUGACUGAACAAUACCACUCCUGUGAGUGUCUGCUGAAAUAAGCUUGAUAACAAUUUGUCCUGCAUGAAAACCAAUGUGUGUUUGACAACAGGAUGUGAAUUGCUUUUUAGAACAAUAUACUGAGCAUGAUUGUAUAUAAUUUUAAAUACAUUUCCUUGCUUAUAUCCACCGAACUUAUUUUGUCAGCAAAUUAUUUGAACCAACUUAAGUACAACGUAAAAGAUUGUAUUGUUGUGUAACUUUGUGGUAUCGCUAUUUUAAGAAAAGUAUUUUGAAUUGUUUCUGUGAUUUGAAUAUCCUUUAGCAUCAGGAUAAAGGCAAAGAAUAAAGCGAGCAGAACAAAGAUCUUGUACGAACUCUUGAGGUUUUUUUGUGAGUAAAGCCCCUCAAUCAUAUUUUAGUGAUGCCUUAACCUCAGAAAGUCUUCCAGUUCACGUGUACCAAAUAACAGUAGAUUUGGUAUCCAUAAGGAGUCAGUUGCAGAUGAAAAUUCCAUUCAGAAUUUGAAUGCUAUCUGCCUUGUGCAUUGAUCUCCUGAGGGAGCCAAUUACUUCAAAUUAUCCACUUAGGACGUUGAGGACCUUUGAGCAAAUGCUCUUUGAAUGAAAUUCUCUGCUGGAUUAAGGUUAUGAAUGAACCACUUCACUGCAGCAUCAAGCAUUUAAACUAUUUGGGCCACACAAUUUCCUCUAUCCAUUUCAAUUCAGAGCUAACACGAACAAACAGAGCUGUCUUAUUUCCAGAGCAUGGGCUGGGGCUACUACUGAAAACACCCAUGAGAACAUCUUGUCCAUUUUCAUCCUGUUGCACCAAUGGGCCUCCAGAAUCACCGUCGCAGGCGUUGUUCCUUCGAUGCUGAGCGCAUAGGAUGCGGUUGCCGAGGCCUUUUGGCAGCCUCGACCUGCCCUCGAUUGGGCAGUCUGCCUCCGCCAGCUCGAUCAUUUCUGCCUUCUUCAAGUCUCCUUUGAAGGCGGAUU